AUUCAGGAGACCCAGAUGAAGUACCUGUCUGAGUGGGACCAGUGGAAGCGGUACAGCAGCAAGUCUUGGAAGCGGUUCCUGGAGAAGGCUCGCGAGAUGACCACCCACCUGGAGCUGUGGCGGGACGACAUCCGCAGCAUAGAAGGGAAAUUUGGCACUGGGAUUCAGUCCUAUUUCUCCUUCUUGCGGUUCCUGGUGUUGCUGAAUAUGGUGAUAUUUCUGAUCAUCUUUACGUUAGUUUUGCUCCCCAUCUUGCUCACCAAAUACAAAAUCACCAAUAGCACUUUUGUGCUCAUUCCCUUCAAAGACACAGACAUACAGUGCACGUUGUAUCCCAUAAGCAGUUCGGGACUGAUUUACUUUUACAGUUACAUCAUAGACCUGCUUUCUGGCACUGGUUUCUUGGAGGAGACCAGCCUCUUCUAUGGACACUACACCAUUGACGGGGUGAAAUUCCAGAACUUCACCUAUGACCUGCCCCUGGCGUAUUUGUUAAGCACCAUUGCCUACCUGGCCCUGAGUCUUCUGUGGAUCGUGAAAAGGUCGGUGGAAGGAUUCAAGAUCAACCUGAUCCGCAGUGAGGAGCACUUCCAGAGCUACUGCAACAAGAUCUUUGCCGGCUGGGACUUCUGCAUCACCAACCGCAGCACCGCAGACCUGAAGCACAGCAGCUUGCGGUACGAGCUCCGAGCAGACCUGGAGGAAGAACGAAUACGGCAGAAAAUCGCAGGCAGGACCUCCGAGGAAACGAUUCGCAUUUACUCGCUGAGACUGUUUCUGAACUGCAUUGUUCUGGCUGUUUUGGCCGCGUGCUUCUAUGCGAUCUACAUAGCCACUGUAUUCUCGCAGGAGCACAUGAAGAAGGAAAUUGACAAGAUGGUUUUUGGAGAGAACCUCUUGAUAAUGUACCUGCCGUCUAUUGUGAUCACGCUGGCCAAUUUCAUCACCCCCAUGAUCUUUGCCAGGAUCAUCCACUAUGAGGAUUACUCCCCAGGAUUUGAGAUCCGGCUGACGAUUCUCAGGUGUGUCUUUAUGCGGAUGGCCACCAUCUGCGUGCUGGUGUUCACGCUGGGCUCCAAAAUUACCUCCUGUGACAACGGCCCCUGUGAGCUCUGUGGCUACAACCAGAAACUCUACCCGUGCUGGGAGACCCAGGUUGGGCAGGAAAUGUACAAGCUGAUGAUCUUCGACUUCAUCAUCAUCUUGGCGGUGACGCUGUUUGUGGAUUUCCCGAGAAAGCUCCUGGUGACCUACUGCUCCUCCUGGAGGCUGAUCCAGUGCUGGGGGCAGCAGGAGUUUGCCAUUCCCGAUAACGUGCUGGGCAUCGUGUACGGGCAGACCAUCUGCUGGAUCGGAGCCUUCUUCUCACCCCUUCUCCCAGCCAUCGCGACCUUGAAAUUCAUUAUCAUCUUCUAUGUGAAGGAGCUGAGUCUUCUGUACACGUGCAGACCCUCCCCCAGGCAGUUCCGAGCAUCCAAUUCCAACUUCUUCUUCCUGCUGGUGCUGUUGAUCGGGCUCUGCUUGGCGAUCAUACCUCUGACGAUCAGCAUGACACGCAUCCCUUCCUCGAAAGCCUGCGGGCCCUUCACCAACUACAACACCACGUGGGAGGUCAUCCCCACCACGGUGAGCACCUUCCCCAGCUCGCUGCAGUCCUUGGUCCACGGCGUCACGUCGGAAGCCUUCGCUGUGCCUUUCUUCAUCAUCAUUUGCCUUGUGAUGUUUUACUUCAUCGCCUUAGCCGGAGCACACAAGCGAGUGGUGGACCAGCUCCGAGAGCAGCUGUCCCUGGAAAGUCGUGACAAGCGCUAUCUCAUCCAGAAGCUAACGGAAGCCCAGCAGGAUCUGCGGCCCAGCUAGGCACGCGGGAAGUAGCC